AAAAUUUUUGCUCCCUUUUAAUUUUAUUUUUAUUUUGAUGCAUCUUUCUUCAGUCCUACUUGUUUCUCUCCUAGCCAGCUGGGCUUCCGCCACCCAGUUAUCGGAUCGCGGUUUAUGCACGAUCGAAGGCGAUUCAACGGAUUGCGCUUUGGCUUGUUCCGAAAUGACAGAAGGCAACGGUAUUUGCGUCUACGACCGUUGUUACUGCACUGACACCGGUAUUGGCAAUUGCGAUGACAACAAUCACGAGGGCUGCGACGCCAUUUGUCAAGAUUUAUCCGAGAGCCUUAUUGGAUUUUGCAUGGAUAAUCGAUGCAACUGCUUGUCGUAACCAUUCCCCAUACGCUAAUGCGCUAAAAAGGAUAAUCCUCAAAACGCCGAUUUCACGUAAAAUGCGCAUACCUCACAACGUACUCGACGUAUUCCAACAUGCCCUCGCGACCUGUUUUGUUACCCUACUUUUUUCUCUCUGUCGUACACAAUUUCACCACAAACCUUUAUUCUACAUCUGAUACCUAUUAGUAAUCAUUAAUGCAGUUUCAUGCGUCAAGUAUUUGUAUAUAAAAUCCAAAAAUUGAAG